GGAGCUGGAGCCGCAUCUGGAGCCGGCCCUGGAGCCGCGCCGCGGGGUCCCCGAGCCCCGCGGCCGGCGCAUGAUGAACUCGCUGCUGUUCGGCGAGAUGGCGCUGGCCUUCGGGUGCCCGGGCGGCGGCGGCGGCGGCGGGCCGGGCGGCGGGGGAGCCGGGGGCGGCGGCGGCGCGGGGCCCGGGCCGUCUCCCGUGACCGCGGCGCUGCGGGACGACCUGGGCUCCAACAUCUACCUGCUGAAGGGGCUCAACGUGCGCUUCCGCUGCUUCCUGGCCAAGGUGCACGAGCUAGAGCGGCGCAACCGGCUGCUGGAGAAGCAGCUGGAGCAGCAGCAGAGCGAGCGCGAGCGCCGGCUGCGGUACAAGACCUUCUCCCGGGAGCAGGCGGUGCAGACGGGCCCCGAGCUCGCCCCGGCCCGCGCCGCCGGCCCGCAGCCCCCGCCGCAGCCCCCGCCGCCCCUCGGCGCCAACGGCAACGUGCCCCCGGGCGCCGGCGGCUCGCACCCGCAGCACUACAGCCGCCUGCCCGGCACCAUCUGGAGCUACACGCAGGUCCGGCGCACGGGCGGCGGCGGCGUGGAGACCGUGCAGGGCCCCGGCGUGUCCUGGGUGCACCCCGACGGCGUGGGCGUGCAGAUCGACACCAUCACCCCCGAGAUCCGGGCCCUCUACAACGUGCUGGCCAAGGUGAAGCGCGAGCGCGACGAGUACAAGAAAAAAUGGGAGGAGGAGCUGGCCAAGCGCAUGCACCUGGAGACCAUGGUAGAGACGCUCCAAGAGGCAGCCCAGGAGGCAGAAGCCAUCCAGGAGGAGAUGAAUGAGAAGAUCGAGCGGCUGAAGGCUGAGCUGGUGGUGUUUAAGGGGCUGAUGAGUGAUCCCAUGACAGACCUGGACACAAAGAUCCAAGAGAAGGCCAUGAAGGUGGACAUGGAUAUCUGCCGGCGAAUCGAUAUCACGGCCAAGCUGUGCGAUGUCGCACAGCAGCGGAACUCAGAAGACGUGUCCAAGAUCUUUCAGGUAGCAUCCAAGAAGAAAGACCGUAAGGUAACCUCCGAGGACGAUGUUUCUGAGCAGGACGGGGAGGUCACCCGGCUGUCGGACGAUGAGGUCAGCUCCAUGAACAUCACGGACGAAAUGAAGCGAAUGUUCAACCAGCUGAGAGAAACCUUUGACUUUGAUGACGAUUGUGACAGUCUCACGUGGGAGGAGAAUGAGGAUACCCUGUUGCUCUGGGAGGACUUUACCAACUGCAAUCCGUCCAUUGACCUGCAGGGAGAGCAAGAGGAAAAUUUGGGCAACUUGAUUCACGAAACCGAGUCCUUCUUCAAGACGAGAGACAAGGAGUACCAGGAGACGAUAGGGCAGAUUGAGUUGGAACUAGCCACAGCCAAGAGUGACAUGAACCGUCACUUGCACGAAUACAUGGAGAUGUGUAGCAUGAAGAGGGGCCUGGAUGUCCAGAUGGAGACCUGCCGCCGCCUCAUCAAAGGCUCUGCCGACAGGAACUCGCCGUCCCCCAGCUCCAUGGCCAGCAGCGACUCGGGAAGCACAGAUGAGAUCCAGGACGAGUUUGAGAGAGACGCGGACGUGGAGCCGAUGGUCAGCUGAUGAACCUUGGGGAGGGUGCCUGGAGAGCUGGGGGGAGCGCGGGACCUCCUCCCCACCCCGGGAGGCCUGGGGGGACGAGGGAGCCAGCACUGACCACGCCCUGGAGGACUUCCGCCACUCUCCCUCCCCCCACGCCCCAUGGGGCUCCUGCGGACUGCUGCUUCCCUCCGCCGCCCACCGCCACUGCCCGCCACCCUCCUCCUCCUCCAUCCACUCGCCCACCGCCCCCACCCCAGGAUUGGUGCUGUCAAUUUCUAUUCUACACUACAAAUGCGAACUCUGUCCGAGAUACGGUGUUAAUUGUGCCUUUCCCCUUAAGCUGAGCCGCUUAAAGAACUCUUCCGAGCUGGUUUUUAUAUUCAGUUACCAGAGGGGGCCGAUGGCCCCGGUGGCGUUCGGUACCCUCCCACCUGCUGCUGUGAUUGGCAGGACUCCUUACCUGCCCGGGCCCGCCCCGCCCCACCGGCCCCUGACCCCUCCCCACCGGCCCCUGACCCCUCCUGGGGAGGGAAAGGGGGCCCUUGGCUCCCAGAUCCCCUGCAGGGGAAGGGGGGUCGCUCAGACACUUUCUGUGGAAGAAAGGAUCUGCGCUUCCAGUGUUUGGGGGAAGGAGGAAGGAUGGGGAAAAUGCCCCCACCCCUUUAUUUUUUUCUCAGCCCAAAUUAAAAAAAAAAAACUAGUCAUGAGGGAAGCUGCGGAAGGGGAGGAUUGACACUGUGUUCAAACUACUAUGCAAAAAAAAAAAAAAAAAAGAGCUCGCCUUAUUUAUAUAUGGGAUAUAUAAAUAGUUCCCUCUCCCCGCCCCCACCUUGGGUUUUUCUCUGGACCCGGAGAGAGGCUGAGGGCGAUCUCUCCGUGUGCCCCAAAGGCUUGGCUGUGACUUUGCUUCCAGGGAUGCUGACCUAGACAGAGCCCCUCCCUUCUCUCGGCCUCAGUUUGUUCCCCCGGGAAAAUGGCGCGGGAAGGUGGUGAGCUGAGUUAUGGCUGAAAGUCCGGGGAGGCCGAGCCUCCCUCAAAUAGUGUGGGUGGGGAUCCGUAGGAGCCUCGGAAGGGGGUCGGGCGGGUGCGUCUCCCGCCCCCCACUGGGUCAGGUUCCCACCCCUUGACAGACAAGGGCGCCGGCUUGCUUUCCAUCCCCGGCCCGGGCUGUGGCCACGGCCAGGAGACCAGGGACGGAGGGGUUCUGGGAAGCCACACCGGGGUAUCUCUUGCACGUUUUAGCCCACCGCCAUUUGUGAGAUAGAGCCUCUGCACUAUGAUACUGACUGACCGACGGGGAGCUGACCGAGCCAGUGAGGGGCGUCUCCCCGGUAAUUGGGCCUGGGAUGGGGGAGACGCUGAGAUGCCUCUCAGCCCCUGGCCAGCCCCCAAAUACACUUUACAAAGGGGGUGUACUACAAGUGGACUUUUAUUUGACUCCUGAGCUCCCCCUGGAGGACCAAGGAGCACCUUGCUUAGGUGAGGGAUGGUGAAGGGCCGGCCAGGUACCCCUGCCCCUUAUCCCACCAAGCCAGGAGGCCACUGGGAGCUCUCACGGGGCUCUUCCAUUUCUUCUUCCCAAGAGCUCAUCUUUCCCCCCAUUUUCCUACUGCAGGGGACCAGCAGGAACCCUAUGGAAACCACCUCAUUCCCCAAAGGGGACUUUUUUCCCCCUUUUCCUGUUAUUUUUUGUUGCCAUUCUGUAUAUAAUAUACAUAUUAUAGAUUAUAUAUAUAUAUAUGGAAGGAGAAAGUGUUUGUGUGACCAUUUCUAAUUUCUCAGACCUCAGUGGCCUUUGUCAUCAUUUUGUUGUUGGGGGGACCUCUGGACCCCCCAGUUGGCCCAGAGGUGCCCCGGCUCAUGCCCCUGGCAGCUCUGACUAGCCAAAGCAGGGUCUGGUCAUGAGCCUUCUGGGAGCAGUGGUUUGGGGGCCAGCAGGGCCCUCCUGCUCGUUCCCACACUCUCUCUCUCUCUCUGUUUUUAGACAACAGGGUUCAAACACAUCCUACAUGGAACCAUCCGUUCUAUUUUAAUUUUAACCAAAGGGUAGGAGAGCCCUGUGGGCUUCAACCUCGGCUGCUAUGAAGAACUCUCCAUUCCCCCCAGGCUGGGAGAUGUCCAGCCGCUGCCUGCACAUCCUCCGCUCCCAGCCAAGGUCUUUCUCUUUCUGUAUACCCCCAAGACUGGGGUUUGAUGAUCCCCCAGGGCACAUCUGUCUCCCCGAGCUUCCUUUUCUGUUUCCCAGAACCAUAGGGCAAGAACAGGCAGAGCACCGGUGGCCGAUUCCCUUCAGGGAGGCCGCCAUCCCUUUGUAUGGCAUGCUGUGUCCCAGAAGCACCCAUAACCCUUUUUCUGGGCAUUAUAUUCCAGGUGAUGGGAAGGUGACAUAUCUUUAGAGUUAAGACUGAUAGUAUAAGUAUUUGAGAGCAGCUGUGGUAGUUGCCGUGGUGACUGGUGUCUGGUGGUAUUAUUUCAGCUUUUCUAGGCCCGGGUGGUUUCUUUCUGUGGGUCCUGUGGGGUGGUGAAUAAUUGGGUUAUGAGGAACCAGCCAUCUUUGUGCAGAGCUCAUCCCCCAGGCUGGCUUCUGGUCAGAGGGCAGUCUAGGGGUCCGGCUGGCAGGAGACCCUCUGGGUGAAUGUAUGGCCUUCUGGGAACUCCCAGCAGAUCUGGCUUCUGGGCCUUAGCCUGAUUUAAGUCCAGCUCCGAAUCGUCGCAAGCCCCUUUUCCCCGAGCCUGUGGCUUGUCCCAGCUCUCCUCCUGCUCCCCCCAACUCACCACUGUUAGGGCCAGCGCUGGGCCCGCAUUGGAACUACCCAGUCCUUCCUUUGUAAAGUUGUAAAUACUUACUUGUUUUUCUAUUUCUAGGCACGGCGUCAUAUUGAUGCCGGUAUUUUAGAAGGGUUCCUAUUCACACCUCUUUCCCUCCAUCACUUGUUUUGGGUUUGGGGGCAGGGGUGAGGGGAGAGAGAAAACAGGAAUUGGGGGGGGGGGUUGUUGUUUUUGCUUAAUGGCAAAGAGGCCAGAUACAGUCAUACAUAGCCUCUGAGGGGGUUUGGGGGAGGGCAGCGCAGGGAAGGCUGGCAGAAUUCCCCUGGGAAUUCCUCGUGUUUUCCAUUAGCCAAUUUUUCAUCCAAAGUGUUCAAAGAUAGAGGCAGGGGGCUGUGUGUGUGCUCCCAGGGUGAGCUCACAGACACAACUAUAGCUCAGUGAAUGGAAGGAAAGUAGUGAAGCGAAGUGGUUGCAGGUGGGCGGGUUGGGGGGAAGGCAAAGAAAAAGAGCGAGUGUAACUGCCGCUUAAUGUACUCUAUUUAUGAAACAGGAGACCCACUCAUCUGUUUUGACAAAGGGAGAGGUUUGUGGGCUGACUCGCGACUCUGAGCGGUACAGAGCCUUCUGAAGGGAGCAUGGGUGCGCCGGCUUGUUUCUGCUCUGUCUCUCUUGGGUCUCCCCUUCUUUCUCUGCCAUCCGUGGGUCAGUGAGGAAGCAGGAGUGUUCAGAGUGAGGGCCUGGGAGCCAAGAAUCCCCAUCCUGCUGACAGCUACCUGAUGACUUUGUUCAAGUUUCAGUUUUUCUCUGGACAGUGAGCAGGGCUAAAUGGGACCAGACAUCUUGAACCUGCACCUUUCUAGGCCCAGAUCUAAAGGGAUGCUCAUAGGGAUAAGGAAGUCAAGGAUGAGUUCUCCCUGAAAGAGAUGUCCCUUUUCCAAAUCAUUUCUUUUUGGAAAGAUGGGCUUUGGGUCCAGAAUCCCCACUGAUCCCUCUUCCUACCACUGAAGGUCUAUCUGAUCCAAAGGUCAUUGAGUCCCCAACCCAAGAAAGCCUUAGGGAUUGGUCCUGUCCUAAACAUUUUACUUCUUCAGAAUACAAGUCUUACUCUCCUGCAUCCUCUAAGAAGUGAUCCCCCAUCCUGCCUCUAGUUGGACCCCAAAGUUGACUUGUCUCCAUUUUAAGGAGAAGUCUAUCUGGAGGUAGGGGAAAGGCUUUCCACUUAGUCCAGAUUAGGGUGGGAGACAGGGGGAGCAGGAAGUCAGGUUUUGGAGCAGCUUCUGUCUUUCUCUAGCCUGAGAAGAAGGGUCCUGAGCAGAGCAGGGAAAGAGUAGACCUGGAGGGGUACCAUUAUGGGGAGAUUGAUGGCAGGGAAUGGGCAGGGGCCGAGUUAUUAAAGUCAGCUCUAAAUUUGCCCAGAAUGGAACCCAAGCAAGUUUUCCGGAGUGGGACAUCUAGGUUAGAGGGGCAGUUUGGAUGCAGCACUUGGAUGAAGGAGCAGGUCUGAUCUCUUCUUAUUGCAAGAAAUCAAAGGGGCAGAUUCCUGCCCCUCCUGGCCUCUCAGAGAGAGAAAAAAAAUAGCAUUGAAACUCCUUGCGCCUGUCCCUGGUGUUGGAACCCCUGGUGUUUAAAUAUAGUUCGAAACCUUAGCCCCAAAGGAAUAUUUAUUUACAGAGAGGGACUUGGAGUUCCCCUCCAACUCCCCCUUCCCCAUGGGGUCCUAGAGUGUCCUGGUUUGUUUUUAUUUUAUUUUCUAUUCAUUCAAACAGACUACUGACCCCAUUGAAAACCAGCCUGUUUACUGUAUUGUUGUAAAUAAUUGUACCCUUUAUAUUCUGUAUAUUAGCUUCUUUUAAAUAAAGUGAGAUGUCUUAGAA